GAGCGUAGCGCGCCAGUUACUACGGCCGAUUGCCUCCACGAGGUGUUCGCCGGUGGAGCAAACGCGCGGAUCUUCCCCGUCGACGGAAAAACCGGGCGCGGGAACCAGAGAGAAUCCCGCCUUGCCUGUGGACCACGUGGACCACACACGGACACCUGGUUAUUUAAGAAACUCCGUACACACCUUUCACCGAAAAUCCGAAAAUCAAAAGCACAGAAUCCCCUCCUCCGCGAUCCUCUUCUCUAUUCUCUUCAGCAUCCCUUCGAUCAACUCUUCCGACUCUUCUUCUUCUUCUUCUUCUUCUUCUUCUUCUUCUUCUUCUUCUUCUUCUUCUUCUUCUGCUUCGUUUUCUUCCUUUUUUAAAUCCUCUGCUCGCCGGAUCGUUGACGGAGCUCCGGGAGAACUUUGGCCGCUCUCUCUCUCUCUCGAGGUUUCUCCACCCUCGGUUUCGCGUUGUUCGGUCGCAAGUGGGGACAGUGGUCACUCGAAUAUGAACGAAUCUGCGCUCCCUGAAGCCAGGGCUCGACGAGGUUCACGGACGAGCUUGCGCCAGCUUUAUGGAAGAGUUUGAACCGGACCUGGCUGGCGUGCCUUCGCUCGCGGAUGAGAUGCAGACCGACGUGCUACCGAGGAAAGCAACGCGAACCGUACGGAGCCGGUGCCCGAUGCUGCUGGUGUUGCUGUUGCCGAUGGUGCUGUCGGACGCUGCCGGAGCUCUUCUUCGACAAACGGACGUCCAGCCGUACGGGAAUUCCACGGCGGAGACGGGCAGACGCGGGACCAGCCGCGGUAUUUCGGUCACCAGGAUUCUCCAAGAUGGCGAGCUCGAGCGUGUAAUCCGCUGGCGCGGGAUCUGCGCCAAGGAGACCGUCGUCAAUUGGGGAGAUACGGACGUAGCACUGAGGCAAGUCUGGCUGCAGGAGACCGGCAGAAUGUUGCAACUGAUAUACGAGGCCGGCUCGCUGACCGACUGCGUCGACGAGGAGCUCGUCGACGGGGACGACAGCUCCUGCACGUCGAGUACGCACUUCGCCGAUUACGAUGACGAGGCGUCGAUCGAGGUGUUCGACGUCGACGAGCACGAGGACGCCUCGAGGAUCCCGCAGGACCUCUCCUGGCUCUCGUCGACGUCCGAGCUGCGGCAUCGGUGCGCUCGCGUCAGGAUCAGGGCGAGGAAUCAGCUCGUUGGACAACAUCGUCGCAGGAAGUACGCGAAGCUGGAGAACACGACGAGCAACAACAGCCGGAAGCAAAGAAGAGGCAAGAGUCGGUCCCGCAGGGACUUGCUGAUGAUCCCGGGGACACAAUGGUGCGGCCGCGGCCAUCGUGCCACCAAAUACACGAAUUUAGGCGGUUUCGGCACCGCGGACGCUUGCUGCCGUCGACACGACACUGCCUGUCCCUUCUUCAUUCCGGCUUUCGAGACGCGUUACGGCCUCUUCAAUUGGGGCAUCUCGAGCAUGAUGCACUGCGCCUGUGACGAACGAUUCCGCACGUGUUUGAAAAUGGCCGGGACAUCGUCGGCGAACUUCAUCGGCAAGAUCUUCUUCAACGUCCUCCGCACGAAAUGCUUCAUUCUGAAGCCUCAGAAGGUGUGCGCGAAGUGGAGCUGGGCCGGGAAGUGCCAGCGGCACGAGUACCGGAAACAGGCACACGUUCGCGAUAAUGUUCCUUAUUGAAUCUGAACGAAGAGAGUCGAGCCUGAUACGGUGAAAAGAGAAAGGAAGAAAGCGAGAGAAAGAGAGAAAGAGUGUGAGAGAGAGAGAGAGAAAGAGAGAGUUCGAAUAUUCUUCAUCUAGAGAUGUCAAUACCAAUUCUCAGGGAUGUAAUAUUUUAUUGAGUAUUUAACCGAGGGAAGGGAUCAUUGGGAAUGAUCGGUUUCUUGUCAAGCAAUCGUCGUCCGAGUUCACGAAUGACAAUACAAUGGUGGUCGUAAUUAGGAGGCUCACGAAACUGUAAAUCUUACGAUUAAACUUCGUACUAAUUAGACUCGAUUUCUACUUUAAGCGUGCGAUGUUCCCGAACCGCGGAGGUCCAUUCGAUCGAUCAUUUCUGAUGAAAUGAUCGUCGUCCUUUAGCGAUUCGAUUGCUAAAAUAAUUCCGCGCGGAGUUCACGUUUUUUUUUUGUUCCCGCGAGGAGCGAUAGCUUUUAGUCUUGUCUUUAGUAUUUUUUAGUUUCCGCUUUCUCGGAUCUUAUGGGUUCAGUUUUCAAGCCGGAGGCAACAGCGAUCCGGCGGUUAGGAGCGUGUUAAAUUAUGCCCUCGCGAAACGCCGUAGCGAUAAAAUGAGUUUCGAGAACGUUUUCGAGAUAGACAGGGUAUCGUUUUGUAUUAACUACUAUGCGCUAGCUGUGUAGUGUCACUAUCGUCCUAAUGAAAAAAAAAGGCCAAAUAAAUUAUUCUGUAGAUAAACAAUAUUGAAACUAUACAUAUCAAAGUAGCAUAAUUUUUCAAGCAUGAGAAAACUAGAGGAGAAUCGAUGUUAAGGUGUAGCCUAAUUUACGAUGCGGUAAAACGAAUCUUAAUCUAGGGGUGUUCGAAUCAGUGAUUUUCUUUUUUCUUUUUUUUCGAUAAACGUUUCGUUCACUGUAAUUUCCGUAUUCGGUAUGUUUGUAUUUAUGUGCGAGUGUAAGUAUGGUGCUGUGUAAGUAUACAUAUAAAGUGAUUCGCUAUUGUAAUAUUACAGGUUUCGUUUUAACUUAAUAAUAAUGCGAGUGGAACGAGUAGGAGAGUUAUAGAAAGGGGCAACAGGUAUUUAAUUACGAUCGACAGUGUUUAAUUAUAUAUAUUAAUAAAAUGUCUAGAGGUAAAUUUCAAUUUGUCUUUUUAAAUAUAAUGUUACUCGCGGAUCGCAGAUCAUUGCGCAAAAUCAGAAUUGUUCACGGUCGCCGAAAGAAUUUUAAUCGAUUGUAACUAAAUUAAUAGCGAUCUUGAAUAUUUUUAAAGCUUCAGCUGUCUAGUAAUUCACAUAUUCAUUUUGAUUGUAUGCGCAUAAGGAUUCGCAGUUUAAUCGUGGAACAUUUGAAUAAAAGUCAUAAAACUUGUUGAUCGAACGAGUUUCUUUUGCGAUUGAAAUAUGCUAAAAUGGAAAAAUAUGUAUACUGUAUAAAUAGAAAUAGCCCACGCAUACUAUGAAAAAACGUA